AUGGAUCAACCACCGAAGCGCCGGGUUGCCAGCGGGCAGGAGGAAGAAGAGAGCCCGCAGCCUAGUAGUGAUCGUAGUCCUGCUCUACGCUCACUCAGUCACCCUAUCAGUCCUCCAAGAAAAAGAGCUAGGCUGGCGCCCGAGGCUGGCGGACAAGCUGGUUUCAGUCCAUCACCCAAUCCUCAAAUCAUCCGGUCUCCAGUACAAUUGACUCGGAUCCGAGACUUGCCUCCAGAAGCCAAUGUCGACACAGUCACUCUCAAGGACAUCUUGGGUGAUCCUCUCAUCGCUGAAUGUUGGGAGUUCAAUUUUCUCCACGAUGUCGACUUCCUUAUGGGCGCCUUCGACGAAGACGUCCGCCAUCUCGUCAAGGUCCACAUUGUCCAUGGUUUCUGGAAGCGCGAGGAUCCAAGUCGAGCCAUGCUCAUCGAACAAGCUAGCAAUUACAAGAAUGUCGAGCUCCAUACGGCGUUCAUGCCCGAAAUGUUCGGCACACACCACUCCAAGAUGAUGGUUCUCCUGCGCCAUGAUGAUACAGCACAAGUGGUCAUUCAUACAGCGAACAUGAUUCCUCGCGACUGGAGAAACCUCACGCAGGGGAUGUGGCGAUCACCACUUUUGCCCUUGGAGACAGGCGGGACUGAGAAACCCCAGGCGACAUCACCCUUCGGCAGUGGCGAAAAGUUCAAGAUUGACUUGCUGAACUAUCUCCGGGCGUACGAUGUGAGAAGACCAACGUGCAGGUCGUUGGUCGACCAACUGAAGAAACACGAUUUCUCUGCCAUCAAGGCUGCUCUGGUAGCAAGCGUCCCUGGCAAACACAGCACCAGGGAUGACUCCCCUACCCGGUGGGGAUGGGCUGCCGUGAAGCAAUGUCUCCGGUCUGUUCCUGUUCAAGGGGGCAGAUCUGAGAUCGUCGUUCAAGUAUCCUCGAUAGCAACUCUGGGGCCGACGGAUAACUGGGUCAAGAAGACCAUGUUUGGUGCUCUGAGCGCGGGGAAGGGUCUCCCAGCCACACAGCCGACAUUCAAGGCUGUGUUCCCGACGGCGGACGAGAUACGACGAUCUUUAGAUGGCUAUGAAUCGGGAGGAUCAAUUCAUACCAAGAUAGACUCACCUCAGCAGGUCAAGCAACUUGCAUAUCUGAAGCCGAUGUUCCACCAUUGGGCCAACGACGCACCUGAAGGCGGCAACCUAAAAAGAGAUGUCCUCCUACAAGAGGCGGGCCGCAAGAGAGCAGCGCCACACAUCAAGACCUAUGUCAGGUAUGGCGAGAAGGGCAUUGACUGGGCUCUUUUAACGUCGGCGAACCUGUCCAAGCAGGCAUGGGGAGACAAUGAGAACACCGGCUCCGGAGAGGUACGCAUUGCUUCCUGGGAAAUCGGCGUCCUGGUCUGGCCUUCGCUCUUUGCGGAUGGAGCACGGAUGAUCCCUACCUUCCAGACGGAUAUCCCGUCGGCGGACGAUGAGCCCGGUAGUGCGCCCAUAGUUGGCUUCCGGCUGCCAUAUAACCUGCCGCUCCAGCCUUACGGUGCCAACGAGAAACCUUGGGUUGCAACGGCCUCCUACGCUGAGCCAGAUUGGAAGGGACAGACAUGGUAA